AUGGCCAGAAUCACAACAAUACCCCUCCUCCUCCUAGCCUCUCUCUGCGGUCCCCUCGCCGCCGCGCAGGGCCUUCACGAGCUCGCCGUCAAGAACGGCAAGCUCUUCUUCGGCACCGCCACGGACACGGCGCAGUUCGCCGACGCGGCCUACACGGCCGUGCUCAACCGCACCGGCGAGUUCGGCCUGCUCGUGCCGGAGAACAGCCAGAAGUGGGACGCGACGGAGAAGACGGAGGGCCAGUUCACCUUUACGAACCCGGACGCCGUGCUCGCCGUCGCGCGCGCGAAUAAGCAGAUGAUGAGGUGUCACGCGUUGACGUGGCACUCGCAGCUUCCGUCUUUUGUCUCCCAAGGGACAUGGACCCCAGAGACCCUCACCCCUGUGAUCCAAGCCCACAUCUCCAACGUCGUCUCCCACUACGCCGGCGCCUGCUACUCCUGGGACGUCGUCAACGAGGCCCUCGCCGACGACGGCUCCCUCCGCGACAGCGUCUUCUCCCGCACCCUCGGGCCCUCCUUCAUCCCCGUCUCCUUCGCCGCCGCCGCGUCCGCCGACCCCGCCGCCAAGCUGUACUACAACGAUUUCAGUCUGGAAUUCAACUCCCCCAAGACGGACGGCGCCGCCAAGAUCGUGUCGGAUCUGAAAGCGGCCGGGGUCAGGAUCGACGGCGUCGGCUUCCAGGGCCACUUCGAGGUCGGCAAGACGCCGUCCACGCAGGGUCUAUCCAAGGUGUUUGCGCGGUUCGCGGAUAUGGGAGUGGAAGUCGCGCUGACGGAGCUGGACGUCCGGCACGGGAAGCUUCCGGCUGACGAUGCCGCUGUGAGGCAGCAGGCGACGGAUUACGCGAAUGUGGUGAAGGCGUGCGUGGAUACCAAGGCGUGCGUGGGCGUCGUGGUAUGGCAGUUCUCCGACAAGAAUUCCUGGAUCCCGUCGACGUUCCAGGGGCAGGGGGACGCGUGUCUGUUCGAUAGGGACUUCAACCCCAAACCGGCGUACGAGAGCGUCAAGGCCGUGCUGAUGCUGGCCGCGAACGGCACGGGGACCGGUACCGGUACAAGGAUGCCGGCGGCGACGGCUGGCGCCGGUGUCGGGACCGAUGGCGGAGGCGGGCUCAUGGUGUUUCUGAAGGCGCUGACUACCGCCGCCGCCGCCGCGGGCCUGGCCCAAGCUUCUCUUCCGGGUCUCGACAAGAUCCCCGCGCUGGGUCUGGGGACCUGGCUUUCUGAUAAGGGCAAGGUUGCCCAUGCUGUUGAGUUCGCGGUCGGGGAGGUCGGGUACGACCACAUCGACGCCGCCAAGAUCUAUAGAAACGAGGACGAGACCGGCAAGGGCCUCGCCGCCAGCGGCGUCGCGCGCAAGGACGUCUGGAUCACCUCGAAGCUGUGGAACACCGACCACCGCCAGGAGGAAGCCGAGGCCGCCAUCAAGAAAUCCAUCGCCGACCUCGGCGUCGACUACCUCGACCUCUACCUGAUCCACUGGCCCGUCGCCUUCCUCCCGGGCACCACGAAGCUGGACCGCGACACCUCCCUCGUCGACACCUGGAAGACGCUCGAGGGCUUCGUGCGGGCGAACCUGACGCGCCACAUCGGGCUGUCCAACUUCGCCAAGGCCGACGUCGAGAUGAUCCUGCGGGUGGCCGAGAUCAAGCCGUACGCGCACGAGUUCGAGACGCACCCGUACCUGCAGCAGCAGUCCUUCGUGGACUGGCACCGGGAGAAGGGCAUCGAGGUGAUCGCGUACUCGCCGCUGGCCAACACGAACCCGACGUACCGCGACGACAUCCCCGCGAUCCAGGGCGACGAGUACUGGGUGCGGAUCGCGGAGAGGAAGGGCGUGAGCGUGUUCCAGGCCGUGCUGGCGUGGGGCGUGCAGCGGGGCACGAUCGUGAUCCCGAAGAGCACCAAGGACGAGCACAUCGUAUCGAAUAAGAAGGCUCUGGAGGUCAAGUUCAGCGAGGAGGAGUUGAAGGAGAUUGGGAAGCAUGAUAAGAAGCACAGGCUCAGCAACCCGGGACGCAACUGGGGUGUGAGGCUGUUUGCUGAUUUGGAUGACCCUGGCAAGAAUGAGGAGACGAGCGAGGAGUUGUAA